CUCCUUGUUUGCCAACUGCUUUUCCUCCUCACACAUCACUUGCAACUUCGUUCUGGCAACACUUGCAUUUUUCACGUUCUACAUCCUCCACCCCAUCCUUCCUUCAGGUAUCGAAUGAUGACCAUGCCUUCAAUCUACCAGGCCGUUCUCCUCUUCCUUGGCGUUGCGCUCGCCGCUCCUGUCGCUGAUAGGGAUCAGGUGAACGUACUUGGCAAGAAAUCCUUCAACCCGUAUCCCUCUGGCCCCAGCACGCAGUUUGGCGUUCCUUCUACCAGAUUCCAGUGGGCACCUAUGCCUGCUGCAGCCCCCAAGCAGCCCUCGCAUCUGCCGGUCCAGAUGCCUUCGGAUCUUCUGGUGAUGAACUGGCAGAACCAGAUGAACCAGUUUGGAAACAGUGGGCGCACUGGGCAGCCGCUCCCUCCUUCAAUGAACACCAACCAGCCAUCUGCAGCUACAAAUCCCUCAAGCCAGCCAAUUAAAGCACCUUUGGACGGAUCCUCGACUGGUGCACAGGGCUCUUACUCAGGUAGCGGCUGGCAGGAACAGAUGCUGCAGCUAGUCAACGCCGAGCGUGCCAGGUAUGGGAAGCAGCCAUUGAGACUUGAUGCUGGUCUCAGCAGCGCAGCUCAGGCUCACUCAGACUACCAGUCCAGCAUCCGUACCAUGACACACAACAAUCCGAACGGCGAUAUCAUGCAGCGCAUAAGUCCCUAUGUUUCGGGUGCUAGGAGUGCAGCUGAAAAUGUCGCAUUUAACCAGCGCAGCGUGGAGCAGGUCAUGCAGUCGUGGAUCCAGAGCCCGGGUCAUCACACUAACAUUAUUGGAGACUACAAUGCUGUCGGCUUCGGCCAGAGAGAUUGGUACUGGACCCAGCAGUUUGCCAGCCUCUAGGGCGAUUUGGCUUUAGUGAUUAGCUGUUUCAAGGCGAAUACAU